CGGCCUGGAUAGUAUACACCCGGCUCCCAAACGAAUCGCACCCGCCUGCGCCGCCUUCUCUUCUCCAGCGUCGGAUUUGCCCCACUCGCCGUCCGCAGCUCCGCUUCCGCCCCGCGCCUUGUUCUACCACCUUCGCUUCCCUGCUCUCCGCGCGCUCGCUCGCUCGCUCGCCUAUAUAAGGAGGAAUGGCGGACGCGCCGGCGAGCCCCGGGGGCGGCGGCGGCGGAGGCGGGAGCCACGACAGCGGCGGCAGCCCCAGGGGCGGCGGCUACGGUGGCGUCAGGGAGCAGGACAGGUUCCUGCCCAUCGCCAACAUCAGCCGCAUCAUGAAAAAGGCCAUACCGGCCAACGGGAAGAUUGCCAAGGACGCCAAGGAGACCGUGCAGGAGUGCGUCUCCGAGUUCAUCUCCUUCAUCACCAGCGAGGCGAGUGACAAGUGCCAGAGGGAGAAACGCAAGACCAUCAACGGCGACGACCUGCUGUGGGCGAUGGCAACUUUGGGGUUUGAGGACUACAUCGAACCACUCAAGGUCUACCUGCAAAAGUACAGAGAGAUGGAGGGUGAUAGUAAGUUAACUUCAAAGUCUGGUGAUGGUUCUGUUAAAAAGGAUACACUUGGUCCUCAUACAGGAACAAGUAGCUCAAGUGCGCAAGGGAUGGGCCAACAAGUAGCUUACAACCAAGGAAUGGGUUAUAUGCAACCUCAGUACCAUAAUGGGGACAUCUCAAACUGAAAGAUACCUACUCUGUGACUGCUGCUGCUCCGCAAGGUGGGUUUUGAUUUGUCGACAUUCGCUGAUAUACACCUUAUGGGGAGCACUAAGCGGUCAAGGAACUUACUACCCCCAUUAGGUUGUUGUCUGCCAGUCUGCCAGAACUGAUUCUCCGAAGGGUCAAACGCUGCAUAUGCCAAGGCUGCUUCACAGAUGUAAAUUAGGUUUUCCUGAGAAUAGUUUCAGUUCUGGUUCUGGAUCAUUUCUGUCUGUAUAUUUAUGACGAUUUGGCAAUUUUGCCUUUUGGCUGUCAUUUGUUUGCAUAGGAUUUGUAUUGGGGGAGGCAUAAAUCCAGUGUAACUCAUCCUAAACUAGUGUGUUAGUCUUAUCCGACUCUGAGGAGACUUGCUUCAGUUGUCAUAAACACCAUGCAAACGUGUUCUAUAUGCUAAGAUAAGAAUGUUUGCCAUAUUA